CUGUUGACUUUUGAUACAAGCAUCUUUCACGGUUAUAUUUCCCACCCACACUCACUCUGCCCGGACGGUUACUCUUCCUCUCACACUCUCACAGAGACCAACGAAAGGGAGCAAGCUCUCAUGGAGAUGGACGCUUUCACCAACAUAUUUUGCCCUAAUUCUCCUUCCGUGUGGGAUAAGACUGGAUUCUUCUCCAAAUGUUUCGAACAUAUUGUUUUAGGAUUUGGGGCAAAUUUUGUCACUGUCGUUUUGCUUGCUGUGCUUGGAAUAACCCAAAGGAACGGUAGAGGACGUUGGAGGAUGAACCUUUCAGAGAAGCUUUUAUUGUACUUACUUCCUGCUAUUGAAGCAUCUUUGACCUUUCUGGACAUAGUUUUACUUUCAAAGAAAGCAAUUCAGGGAGAGUUUGUAGCACACCAUGAAUGGUUUUUCAGAUGUUCUCAUUUUGCUGUGUGGGCAACUAUCAUACCGUUAUCAAAGUGUGCCAACUACUGCUGCAUCUUUAGCAACCAAAUGUUAUGUUUCUGGUGGAUCGUUAAACUGAUGCUUGGGAUUCCCUAUUUACUAACAACAUAUAAUUCAAUUGAGUUAUUGAGAUGUCUCAAGGAAAGCUGUGUUGUUCUGUUGGAUGUUGUGUUUGGAUUGUCUAUUAACAUUAUCAGAGUAAAAAAGGGGUCUUACAAGAGCAGUUCAAUGGAAGAUCCACUACUUUCAGCUGAUGUGAACCUGGAGGAAGGUUGCCAUAGGGAAUCUGGAAAUACUGAGAGUUAUUUGGAUCUUUUGACAUUCAAAUUGAUUGCAUCUGUAAUGAAUCAUGGUGUAGUAAAGCAGCUUGACUUUGGCGAUUUGCUUCCACUUCCUGCUGACUUGGAUCCCAUUUCCUGUCAUGCUACAUUGUUAAGCUCUUGGCAAUCACAGUGUAGUAAUGGGCGCUCUAGCCCAUCCCUGUUGAGGGCAAUCUGUUCUGCAUAUGGAUGGCCAUAUCUUCGUUUGGGUUUGUUAAAGGUGCUUAACGACUGUGUUGGGUUCACUGGACCAAUGCUUCUCAAUAAGCUUAUUAAAUUUCUUCAACAAGGUUCAGGACAAUUGGACGGCUAUGUUCUUGCACUAUCGUUGGGUUUCACAUCAAUCUUUAAAUCCUUAUUGGAUACACAAUAUACCUUUCACCUGACCAAGCUUAGGCUAAAGCUACGUUCUGGUAUUAUGAGUAUCAUCUAUCAGCAGUGUCUAUGCAUCAACCAAGCAGCCCGAUCAAAAUUUUCUGAGGGUGAAAUUCAGACAUUCAUGUCUAUAGAUGUUGAUCGAACUAUCAACUUGUGUAGCAGUUUCCAUGAUUUGUGGAGCUUGCCUUUUCAAAUUGGAGUGGCUUUAUUCCUUUUAUAUACACAAGUCAAAUUUGCUUUUAUUUCUGGGAUUGCUAUUACCAUCUCAUUGAUACCAGUUAAUAAGUGGAUAUCUAAAUUGAUUGCAAGGGCUAGUGAGAAAAUGAUGAAGCAAAAGGAUGAAAGGAUUAGGAGAACAGGUGAACUUCUGACAUAUAUUCGCACUUUAAAGAUGUAUGGCUGGGAGCUUCUUUUCUCUAACUGGUUGAUGGAAACAAGAUCUUUGGAAGUGAUGCACCUGAGUACACGGAAGUACUUGGAUGCAUGGUGUGUAUUUUUUUGGGCUACAACACCAACUCUGUUCUCUCUUUUCACAUUUGGACUCGUUGCAUUAAUGGGUCAUCAACUUGAUGCUGCAAUGGUCUUCACCUGUCUUGCUCUGUUUAAUACUUUAAUUUCGCCUCUAAACUCUUUCCCAUGGGUUAUCAAUGGCUUGAUAGAUGUCAUCAUAUCUACCAGACGGUUGAGCCAUUUUUUAUCUUCUUUUGAAAGCCAGCCGAAAGAGGAAGCAACAGAUGAUUCUACCCCACAGUUACUGCUGAAUAACCAAUCUAAAGAUACCCUUGAAAAUCUGGCUGUUGUCUUCCACAGUGCAUCUUGUGCUUACUCAAUCAAUGAUAAGGAGGAAUGGAAUCUGGUCUUGAAUAAUGUGAGUCUAGGUCUUCCAAGGGGCUCCUAUAUUGCAGUUAUUGGAGAGGUUGGUUCAGGUAAAUCAUCCUUGCUGAAUUCAAUUUUGGGAGAAAUGCAACUGGUUCGUGGUUCGAUACAGUCAAGAGGAUCUAUGGCGUAUGUACCGCAGGUUCCUUGGAUUCAAUCUGGUACAAUUCGUGAUAAUAUAUUGUUUGGGAAGGAUUACUAUCAAAAAAGAUAUUCGGACACGUUAUGGGCAUGUGCACUGGACAUUGAUAUUUCAUUGAUGGACGGAGGUGACAUGGCUUAUAUUGGAGAAAAAGGAGUCAAUUUGUCAGGUGGACAAAGAGCUCGGCUUGCUUUGGCAAGGGCUAUGUAUCACGACUCAGAUAUUAUUAUGCUUGAUGAUGUCCUUAGUGCAGUUGAUGCACAAGUUGCUCGGUGGAUUUUGUAUAACGGUAUUCUGGGUCCUCUUAUGAAACAUCAGACCCGUGUGCUUUGUACUCAUAAUGCUCAGGCAAUAUCUUCUGCUGACAUGAUUAUUUUGAUGGACAAAGGACAUGUGAAGUGGGUAGGAAGUUCAACUGAUUUGUCAGCGUCAUCUUAUUCAGCAUUCUCUCCACUGAAUGAACUUGAUACAGUUUCACAUAUAUGCGGACAAGAAAGUAGCAUGGGCACAUGUACUGAAGAGAAACAGAAGCUUAUUCUAGAAGAAAAUAUUGUAUCUGCUUCAGAGGAAGUUCAAGAGAUCAUUGAAGAUGAGGUGCGAAAAGAGGGCAGAGUUGAGUUUACUGUCUACAAGAAAUAUGCUGCAUUCUCUGGUUGGUUCAUAACAGUUAUAAUAUGUGUAUCAGCAAUCUUGAUGCAAGCUUCCCGUAACGGAAAUGAUUUGUGGCUUUCUUAUUGGGUUGAUACAACAAGUGGAACACAUCAUAAAGAAUAUUCCACAUCCUUCUAUCUGGCUAUACUCUGCAUCUUUUGUGUCAUAAAUUCUUGUCUUACAUUGGUGAGAGCAUUCUCAUUUGCUUUUGGUGGCUUAAGAGCUGCAGUUAAGGUGCACAAUACAUUGCUCAAAAAGCUUAUCAAUGCACCUGUUCAGUUCUUUGAUCAGACACCUAGUGGAAGAAUACUGAACAGGCUGUCUUCAGAUCUUUAUACAAUCGAUGAUUCUCUUCCAUUCAUUCUCAACAUUCUUUUAGCCAAUUUUGUUGGCCUGCUAGGAAUUGCAGCGGUUUUGUCAUAUGUACAGGUUUUCUUUCUGCUUUUGCUACUGCCAUUCUGGUAUAUCUACAGCAAACUUCAGUUUUUCUAUAGGUCAACAUCAAGGGAACUGCGAAGGCUGGACAGUGUUUCUCGAUCUCCCAUAUAUGCAUCUUUCACAGAGACACUUGAUGGAUCAUCUACUAUAAGGGCAUUCAAGUCUGAGGAGUACUUUUUGGCCAAAUUUAUGAAACACGUUAUGUUGUAUCAGAAAACUUCCUACACAGAGUUGACAGCAAGUUUGUGGCUUUCUUUGCGGCUUCAGUUGUUGGCAGCAUUUAUCAUCUCAUUUGUUGCCCUCAUGGCUGUUAUUGGAUCAUCUGGACAUUUACCUAUUAGUUUUGGCACACCAGGGCUGGUAGGGCUAGCUCUCUCUUAUGCCUCUCCAGUUGUAUCUUUGCUGGGCAGCUUUUUAACAAGUUUCACUGAAACAGAAAAGGAAAUGGUUUCUGUUGAAAGAGCUCUUGAGUAUAUGAACAUCCCUGAAGAACAGUUAGAUGGAAACCAAUCCUUGAGUUCUAAUUGGCCAUACCAAGGACAGAUAGAAUUUCAUAAUGUUACCUUGAAAUAUAUGCCAUCUUUGCCGGCUGCGCUUCAUGAUGUUAGUUUUACCAUCCAUGGUGGGAUGCAGGUGGGAAUCAUUGGAAGAACUGGUGCUGGAAAGUCUAGCAUUUUGAAUGCUCUUUUUCGCCUCAGCCCAAUAUGCACAGGAUGUAUUAUUGUGGAUGGAAUUAACAUAGGUGAUGUUCCAGUUAGGGAUCUUCGUGCUCACUUUGCUGUUGUUCCUCAGAGUCCAUUUCUUUUUGAAGGAUCGUUAAGGGAUAAUCUAGAUCCAUUCCACGUGAGUGAUGACUUAGAGAUUUGGAAGGCCCUAGAGAGAUGCCAUGUCAAAGAAGAAGUAGAAGCAAUAGGAGGAUUAGAUAUCCAUGUAAAGGGAUCUGGAAUGUCAUUUUCUGUUGGGCAGCGACAACUUCUUUGCCUUGCACGUGCACACCUUAAGUCUUCAAAGGUCUUGUGUUUGGAUGAAUGCACGGCCAAUGUUGACACUCAAACAGCAUCAAUAUUACAAAACACGAUCUCUAGUGAAUUUAGAGGCACAACUGUAAUCACAAUAGCUCACCGCAUUUCCACUGUCUUGAAUAUGGACAACAUUAUGGUCCUUGAUCGCGGUACAUUGGUUGAACAAGGAAACCCACAGGAUCUACUACAAAAUGAUUUUUCUAGAUUUUCAAGUUUUGCUAAAGCUUCUACAAUGUGAGAUGCAAUCAUGCAAUGAAUACGGUUGCCCUCAUUUGCUGGCUUCUUGCACCCUGCAGGUUUGACUUGGUACGGGAUCUUACUUGUCUUUGAUGCAAUUGGAGCUUGUUUUCCAAUCAUGUUAACUUAACUUAUGCUAUGAUUAAAGCCAUUAGGAGGAACCCUAGAAUUGACUAGCAAUAUGAUCAUCAUCAAUUUGAAUAUUUUCUACGUUCUUUUAGGGAUUCAGUAAACUGUCUUACAUUGUGAUAGUAAAAGACUUGCCAAAGUUUUAUGUAAUUAUGUAAUAACCCCUUUCCAGUUGUUGUAGUAGUUGUAAAAUGCUAUUAUUCCAGUGCCUAGGGGUUCUCCACGUGGAUUUUUUGUUGCCUACUUCCUUAUUAGGGUUUGCAUUUAAAGUAAUCCCCUUUAAUUUAUUUUUCUAUGGCUCAUAUAUACAUGAAAUGUACCAGAAAGUCAUAAGUUUGAUUAAUAAAAAUCAGUUAUCACUUCCAAUGUA